UAGGAGGUGGACUGCAAACUACAAUUCCCAGGGGGCUCUCUGGUUGUGGCGUCAUCGCCGCGCGUCCUGCGGCAAGAGGGCGCGCCAGGUAGACGAGGGCCGCUGUUGGAAGGGCAGCAUGGCUUGGGCUGGGCUGUUGCGGGGGGUGGUCCCUCUGCGCGCCCCCGGGCCCCUCUGGAGCAGCCUGGCGCGCCGCACCUACGCCAAGAAAGUCGUGUCAAAGGGUAAAGGAAAAGGUGCGUUGAAGGAGGAGCUCAAGGGCCCUGAGAUCUGCAAGGAUCCCGCGUUGCUGACCACGCACUCCAUGGGCACCAACAUCUACAAGGAAGGCCCUGAGGUGGUGCUGAAACCAGACGUAGAAUAUCCUGAAUGGCUCUUCCAGAUUGAUCUCGGCCCACCCAAGAAGCUGGAAGAUUUGGACCCGAACGACAUAGAAUACUGGCGUUACCUCCGGAAAGUGAAUAAAAAGCGAGAGAACCAGCUGCUGAAGGUCCGGCCAUUUUGAAGUGGGCCGCUGGAGGAUGGGAUUCAAGUCUUUCCCAGACGUUGUGGAACUGCCCGCUUUGGACAAACUUUGGACCAUUCCUGCUGCUUCCAAAGGGGAGUUUUUCUUUAGUGAACAUCCCAAUAAAUGUCAAGCAUGCGGGUUCAA